AUGUCCCAUUUUGACACCCUCUCCCGCACCACAUCGGGCGGACGCUCGUCCCUCUCCCGGUCCCAGUCUCUUAUCAAGAAGAACACCGCCCCGCAUGAGCUCAAGCCCAGCGACAUCCUCAUCGAGCGCUUCACGGCGUGGAAGCAGAUUGUCAAGAUGCUCAUCGCGUACUUUGAGGGCGUCGCAGACAUUGAGGGCAACACGUCCAAAGAGCUGACCAAGCUGGCAGCCGUUAUCCAGGUGCCCUUCCGCCCCGGCAACCAGUUCCUGGGCGAAGGCGGUGUCCAGGACGUCUUCUACACCAUCCGCGACAAGACGCGCGUUAUUGCUGACUCGCAUGCCUCGCUUGCGCGCACCAUCGACUCAUCAAUUGUGCAGCACUUGCAGAAGCUGCGCACCGAGAUUAAGGCUCACAUCAAGAAUGUCCAGAACGACACUGGCAAGCUGGCCGCGAGCGUCGCAAGAGAGCGCGAGAUGUCGACCAAGUCCAUUGCCGACCUGUCUCGCGCCAUCUCGGCGUGCAACAACACACCGAUGCAGCUCAGCGCCAAGGAGGACCCGUAUGCCGUCAACAUUGCCGUCAUGAAGCAGCUCCAGAAGCAGGUCCACGAGGAGAAUGCGCUGCAAAAGUCGAUUGUCAUCAUGCAACAGAACUCGGCCCACUUUGAGGAGGGCAUUGUGCGCUCGAUCCAGAGCGCGUGGGCAACGUUUGAUGAGUGGCAGAGCCGCAUGUCAGCGUCUGUCCAGGAGACGUGGCACCAGCUCGGCAUCAACAUGGGCCAGCUCAUGCCGGACCGCGAGUGGAUCUCCUUCGCCGCCCGCUCCGACCACCUCCUCGACCCGGAGACGCCCCUCCGCAACCCCGAGGCCAUCGACUACCCCGGUCGCAACGACCCUGCCGUCGUUCCUGUCCACUGCGGCGUCCUGGAGCGCAAGCAGCGCUUCACCAAGUCGUACAAGGAGGGCUUCUAUGUCCUCACGCCUGCCGGCUUCCUUCACGAGUUCACGAACUCGGACCCGAAUCUCGCCACCCGCCCCGUCUGGUCGCUCUUCCUGCCGUCGUGCACGCUUGGCCCGCCCUCAUCCGCGACGACUGCCAAGUCGCACAAGUUCCACAUUGAGCCGCGCAAGGACGGCACCUCUGCGUUCGGCAGGACGCCUGGCGGGCGCUUCUUUGGCAGCAAGGACGGGUAUACGUUCCGCGCUCGCUCGCACGAGGAAAUGAUGGAGGUAUGGAACGACCUGCGUAUGCUGGUUGCGAGAUACCUCGUCGCCUCGGAGCAGAUGGAGCGCGACGGCCCGAUUGCGCAGGCCGUCCGUGCGGUUGGCUACCAGUCGGAUGAAGAUGACGAGGACGAAUACGACGAGGGUUCGUCGAUGGAGGCUGACGAGGACGAGCACGAGCACGCGUUCCAUGAGCACGAGCACGAGCACGAGCAUGACGAGCACGAGGAGAUUCCGGCCUACGAGCGCGGUCACGCGCAAGUCGAAGUCGGUCCGAACGGCUACGCGCUGGAAAAGAAGACUGGGCACGACGAGCCCUCUGGCCCGGGGUCCAGCCGCCGCAACGACAAGGCCACAGCGUCUAGCACUGCCUAA